CUUCCUUUCUUUCUUUCCCAUCGUACAUAUAAUAUUAAUAUGACCGAUAGAACAUCACCUCAACCUAACAAUAAACCAAUAUUAUAUACUUCUUAUGUCUCUGAUACAUCAUGGCGAGUAAGAAUUGCAUUAGAAUGGAAAGGAAUUGACUAUGAAGCUCGUUAUGUCGAUAUAAAGGCUCAAGAAUACUUAUCUGAAGAAUAUUCGAAGCUUAACCCUAACCAAAAAUUACCAUGCUUUAUCACGAAAACUGGUAAAGUUUUGACUCAAAGUCUUGCAAUCAUUGAAUACCUUGAAGCAAUGUAUCCAGAAAGACCAAUGCUACCGAAAAGUCCCUUUCAUAGAGCCGAGGCAUGGUCGCUUGCUUUAGAUAUUGCUUGUGAUAUACAACCUAUUCAUGCAAGAAGAGUAUUAGAACUUAUUGAUAUUACAUCGGAUAAAUGUGAUGAAUUUGCUCAUAAAAUAUUCCAAUUAAAAUUUGAAGGUUUAGAAAAACGAUUGGAAGACAUAUCCGGUACAUAUUGUGUAGCUGAUCAAAUUUCUGUUGCAGACUUUUGUUUAGUUCCUAUGGUCUUUAUAGCCACAAAGUUCUUCAAAAUUGAUAUGAAAUCAUUCCCUUAUAUUACUAGAAUUCGUAACACGUUAAUGACGUUACCAGAAUUUCGAAAUACACAUCCAUAUAAUCAAGCGGAUUGUCCGUCUGAAUAUAAGGGUAUUAUUCAAUAAAACGGAAUAAAAUAUGUAUAUAUUAAUAUAUAAAUAAAUAAAUCAAAAAAGAAAAGUAUUCAGCACUAUCUUUUAUAUAUACAAAACGUAAGGGUAUUACUAAAUGGAUUUUUUUUUAACAUUGUUUUAAAGAAGGCAGAAUCUUUGAAAUU